GGCGCUUGGCCAAACUGACAUUGCAUGUGCGUGCCAGCCUCACGAGCGCUCACGGCUAAUUCUACACUUUGUUGGUCGUGACUCGUGGUAGUACGACCAUUUCAGGCACCUGUAAUGCUUGGGGGGUCCCGGUUCGGCAGAGAUCCAAGUGCGCUAAGCCCUAUGCCCGAGCUCUCAAGCGUCGCUACAACCCAGCAUAGUAGCGGACAAGACACGAUGCACUUGGGCAAAGCCUCGAGCCAUGAACGGAGCAGACCCCGCGGCUCACGGUGAAGUCAACGCAAACGAACAGCUGCCCACGCCCGCGCCCUCGCCCGAACCAGCCGAUGCGGCACCCCCGACCGCCCACGGCAACCAUGGAGCGAGCAUCGACGAGGCAUUGCACAGCAUGACGAAUGGCUCCAGGGACGAGGCCAACAGCGCCAUCGCCUCCAAUGCUACGAGCCGGACGCCAAGUGCACACGAAGACGCCAUCCUAUCCGACACUAGCGAGAAGAUCCGGCCCAUCAAGCGCCCUGGAGACGGGCGCAGAAGGAGCAGCGUGUCGGAGCACGACAAGAUGCUCAAGCUCAGCCCUCGCCAGAUCCACGAGCUCACCAGCGAGCCUGCGAGUAUUCCCGUGCGCGCGGCAACCCCAAUUCCAGAGGACGAGCUGGAGGAUGCAGCGCCACUCGAGGCAAUGGACAACCAGGGCGGCAACAAAAAACCCCAGCGACCCGUUCUGGGACCGCCUCUCGAGACCAAUGGCACAACACAUGAUGCACACAGGGACAAGGCCCCUAGAGGCCGGGAGCUGGCCCAGGACAAGGAGACACUUGUCAUCAAGGCCCCGUCUACCGAAUUGCGCAACGGUCGGCCAAUACCUCUAGCGCGCUCCGUCACAACGCCCGCCCUCGUGCGGAGAGCCACGUCGAGAUCGCGGUCGCGAACACACAACCAGCUGCAAGAGACAGAAGAGCGCAGGCAGAGUAGGCAUGUUCCUCCGCCCAUAGAGCUGCCGCACAAGGAGGCCAUGUCCAAGGGCCACGAACGCCACCGCGAGGCACGCGAGAUGCGUGACCACGUAUCGCCCACCCCAAUCGCUCUCCCGCUGCCACCAAUGUCAAUGCCUACAUUUCUAUCGCUCGAGCUCUCUGCCACCCGUCCCUCUCCGCUGUACAUUUACCGGCCUGCUACCUCCGAGUUCCCUUACGAAUCCUCCGAGAUCAAAUACGAGCGCUUGCUCAAUUUCUUGAGGAUACCAUUCAAGAUUGAAGGCAUCCUGGGAUUUGGCACCCUUGCUUGUUUGGAUGCCUGGAUGCACGUCUUGACCAUCCUACCCCUGCGGUUCCUGCUUGCCAUUGCCAUCUUGGUCAAGUGGUGGGGCUCCGUCAUUGUAAAGGAGUUUCGUGAUCUCUGGGCCUUUGUCUACAAUGGUCUGCCUCGUCUCUGGGAAAGGAGAAAGCAUGUCGAUGCACCUACACCGCACCCUACUCCGGCUGACGAAGAGCCACCGUCCAUGUCGCGGAAGUCGUCUUCAUCAACCGUUACUUCGGCCAACAGGCAGAAUCCCAGCGCUUCUACAAGCUUCAAGUUCCCAGACCUGAAAGACCUCAAAGCGCGCCGGCCUCGAAACUCGAGAUUCCGUCAUCGCCGCACAAAGUCGACGCCAUCUACGCUCCAGCCAAGCCACAAGGCGGAUAUACUCAAAGGCCUGCUCGUCGUUGCAAGCUGCUUCGUUCUCAUGCGAUUCGACGCAAGCCGCAUGUACCAUGGGAUCCGUGGACAGUCGGCUAUCAAGCUCUAUGUCAUUUACAACGUGCUUGAGGUGUGCGACCGCCUGUUGUCUGCAAUGGGUCAGGAUGUCCUCGAGUGUCUCUUUUCCCGUGAGACGCUUGAGCGCAAUGCCGACGGCAGAAGUAAAGUCCUUCGUCCGCUUGGCAUGUUCUCGCUCGCCCUUGUCUACACCGUGGCCCAUGCCACUGCUCUCUUUUACCAGGUCAUUACACUGAACGUGGCUGUAAACUCGUACUCGAACGCUCUUCUAACACUGUUGAUGUCUAACCAGUUUGUCGAGAUCAAGGGCACCGUGUUCAAAAAGUUUGAGAAGGAAAACCUCUUCCAGAUUACAUGCGCAGACAUUGUUGAGCGCUUCCAGCUGUGGCUCAUGCUUCUCAUCAUUGCUAUGCGUAACGUUGUCGAAGUAGGCGGUCUCAGCAUCCAGAGCAGUGAGACUUCCUGGACGGCAAUGUUUACGGGAUCUGCAAAUGCUUCGUCUGCAACCGCAUUCAAGGCCUCGAGCAUCAUUCCAAUGAGCUUCACCAUCUUUCCCAAGUACAUUGCUCAGGUGCUCAACCCAUUCUUGUUGGUGCUGGGCAGCGAGAUGUUUGUCGACUGGCUGAAGCAUGCGUACAUUACAAAGUUUAACCAGUACAAGCCCGAGGUGUACAGCAAGUUUUUCGACGUGCUAGCAAAGGACUAUUAUUCCAACGCCUUUGCCGAUGCAGACUUGACACGCAGACUAGGACUGCCCGUCAUACCACUUUCAUGUCUCUUUAUCCGCGCAGCCAUCCAAACCUACCACAUGUUCAUUGCGCUUCACAUGCCGCCACCUCUACACGCGACAUCCACUUCGCUCGCGUCCGAAGCCACCACUUCGUCGCCUGCUACGACGGCGGCCCUCGCCCACAUCGACCACGUAUUCCGGCGCGCACUGGGCCGCUCCUCAUUUGGCGCGGGCCUCCCUUCCAAAACCUGGUACGAGACAUUCUCCUACACGCUCGACGACGUCAUCGCCGCCUCGACGAUGCUCAUCGUGUUCCUCGUCGGCUACCUCGUCUUCCUCGCCCUCAAGCUCAUCCUCGGCAUGUUCCUGCUCUCCGUCAGCCGCAAGCGCUACAUCGGCAUGCAGGAGCGCGAAAAGAUGAGCGUCGAGACGGGCGGAAAACGCAUCGGCGGCUGGGGCGUCGUCGACGUCGAUGACGACAAAAGAAAAGUCAUUUACGAUGAUGAUGCUGAUGCGCUGAAACGUCUGCGUGAGAGAGAUGAGAAGGCGAGGAAGAAGGAGCUCGAGGAGAGGGAGAGAGGAACUAGCUUUGGCCAUGUUAGUCGGUAUGCUAUGGUUGCUAAGAGGAUUUGGUGAGGUGUGCAUUUGAGUAUUCUUGGGGGUUGACGUGUGUGUGUGUGUGUGUGUGUGUCAAGGGUGGGCCUUAUUUUUCGCAUGUAGACAUGAGGUAGAGAAAAGUGAAAUACUCGUCUUGCAUGAUUAGAUUUGAUCUACAAUUGUAUCAAUUAGUUUUACC